CAGCGUACUGCAAAUUCUCUCGCGUUCCUUGUUCAAAACACAGACGCGACCGUUCAACAGCUUUUCCUGCACAACGUCGGAGCUGCUGCAGGCUUCACGAAAAGGAAGAAGGGAGCACCGGAAGCGCUUUUAGUUCAAAAAUGGCAGAAGGAGGAGAUGUGGAAUGGGAGCUCAGCAAAGAAAACAUCCAGCCUUUGAGGCGGGGUAGAGCCAUAUCAGCCUUACAUCAGGCGCUGAGUCAACAACAAGAUGGACCUACCUCUGUAAUCAACCAACAGAGACAGGCAUUUGAGUCUGAGCUGCGCACUUAUGAUGGAGAUGAUCCACUUGGUGUUUGGGAUCGGUAUAUUAAGUGGACUGAACAAACCUUCCCCCAGGGAGGAAAGGAGAGCAACCUCACCACACUGCUGGAACGGGUCGUGACCAGAUUUACUGAGGAAAAACUUUAUCACAACGACCCCCGCUAUGUUGACCUCUGGAUCAAAUUUGCGAAGAACUGCCCAGAGCCUUUGGAAAUUUACAGAUACAUGCAGACGCAGGGAAUUGGAGUAACACAGGCAUCCCUCUACAUCGCUUGGUCAGAGGAGUAUGAGGAUCAGGGUAAUUUUCGCAAAGCAGACCUGGUCUACCAAGAGGGAUUCAGAAAGAGUGCUGAGCCACAUGAUAAACUCCUCCAGUUUCACAAGGCUCUGCAGGCACGCGUGUCCCGGCAAGUGAUGAUGAAUGUGGAGGAGGUAGAUAGUGAUGAUGAGCCUAAACAAGCUGAGAGACUUUCUCUGGCUGACCUCAAACAUAGAGGGAAGAAAAAAGCUGUCGCCCCCAUCAACAGAACAGGGGCAGCUAUCAGAAGUAUUUCUGGAGGCCUGAAGUCACAAGGCGCCCCCGUCCUUGGCAAUGCUUCAAAUAGCCGGUUGGUCAUCUUCGAUGAGAACAAAGCUCAAAGUGCGGGUCCAUCAGAGCCUACGCUAGAAGCUUGGGUGGCUCCUCCCUCAUCUAGGGCAAAGGAGAAUGAGCAGAAGCCUGAGAGAUGGUGCGAUGUCAAGAUGCCACAGAAGUCCAAAUUUGGACAUACUGUUAUGCCUCCACCACCUCCUAAACCCACUUUCCAACCAUUUGUGGAGGAGUCAGAUCAGCCUCCAACAAUGACUCCGUGUAAGAUCAACCCAGCAGUAAACACAGUUUUGUCAGCACGUAAGCCAAGCAGAGAGGAAACUCCUCUCAAAAGGCUGCAGGACCAUCAGCAGCAGCAGAAGGAGGCAGAAUCAGGAAAACAACAGGAGCAGAGCAUGUACUGUAAAGAGCUGCUGCUCAGCGGCGCUGCCGAGUUCUGCUUUGAGGAACUGCGAGCCGAACGGUUCUUCAAAAAGAUGGCACAAGGAUCAGAGGAAGGUCAAAAGGAUGAGGCUACAGUUGGUGCUGCGAACUGAUGCAUCUAAGAAGACGUGGGAUUAAAAUUUUGUGACUUUUUACCCAAGAUUUUAUCAUGUAAUGGCUGUUCAUCAUCUAGCUGUAAAUACUGUUGUCGUAGAUUUCCGGUUACUCAGAAGGGUUAAAAACAUUUUUUAGGGAAACCCUAUGAGCUGAAGACACACUAAAUAAGAUGCAGUGGAUUUAUGGAAAAUACAGUGGUUGGACUAAAUAAUGGGAACACCUGUACACUGCAAUUAAUCUAUUAAAAAAAAAAAAAAGGCCUACUA